AUGGAGAUGUCUCCAAACAAAGGUUUUUCUCCCUUGUUGCUACGGUUAUUGUGGUUGCUAGUCUUCAUGACCAACAUUUUUCAGACAACGGAUUCUACCCCCACAUCUGAAACUUCUCUGCUGGUCAAUACCACAAUGUUGUUUGAAGGUGGAGCCCCAGGCUACAACCUGCAGAACUGCAGCUGCUCCACACCUUUACAGGAGUGCAAUGAGACUCUUGCCAACCGGCUGUGCAUAUGCCACGCUGUCUUGCGCUCUGCUUUGACCCCUUCUGGGCUCGGAGAUCCUGGACGACUUACUGUCUGGGUAAACAAUCUCUGGGUCCUGGAUGAGCUGCUGAACAGAAGCAGGGUUGGCCAUUUACAGCCGUCUUUUUGUGGAAUAAAACCAAUGGGAAGACACUACCUCGCUUUGCUUGGUCUACAGACCCUUAGGAUUCACAGUUCAGUACCAGAAGCACCAUACCCCAACAGGAAAUAACAGUUAGAGACACUCUCCUUGGACCUUUCCUCAUUCUUUUUUGUGACCAUACUGGAUGUAGCAUUGCUUAAUGGGUUCUCUACCCUGAAGGCUUACAGUGUUGUAGGACCACAUGCUUACACUUUCUCCCAGCACUUUCCCCACCUGACCAUUCCCCUUCCUCUGCCAUCCUCUGCUACUCCCGAUGACCCCAGUGAGAAGGAUGCAAAGUAUCUGCAGAGCCUGUGCAUUACUUUUGUCUACUAA